AUGAUGCAUGUGAACCAAACUCAGAUGGAUGAACAGAAGCUUGCUGUGUUUGAGAGAAAAGUGUUAAGGAAAAUCUACAGGCUAGUGAAAGACUCUGAUGGUACCUACCGUCAGCGAAUGAACUAUGAACUCGACGCACUUAUCGGACACGAGACGAUCGUCAGGACUUGCAAUGGUCCGAUCUGUUUUCUAGCAUUGUCCAGUUCUAUACAACUUUUUGCA